AUGGGUGCCAUGAUGGGAACGGGAGUAGGAUUGUGUAUUGGUUUCAUUGGUGGAGCUUUUCAGAUUCUGCGUGCUGGACCAGGCCCAAGGGGAACCUUGGCGACGCUGGGGCAGUUCAUGGGCACGAGUGCGGCCACGUUUGGCUUCUUCAUGUCCAUUGGAACAGUGAUCAGAACAGAGGAAAUGACCGGACUUGAUGAAGCGAGGUGUCGCAUGCUCACAGCUCGCAAUGGAGUCAUCAUCACGCCCUCCUCGAGGCAAAGAAACAUUAAUGCCAGAGAAGAGUGA